UGUGAGAAUUGGUGUUUCUGGGCGGUGCAAAGUGGAGUAGAGCACAUCAGAGUGCAGGAUAUCUGAGAACAGCAGAGCACAGAGAGGCAGGCACAUCCGCCGCUGGAGGGAUCAAAUCUGUACCAUCUGACGCUCAAGGAUUUAUGGGUUUAGUCAAAAUUGCUUUUCCCACUGUGGAGAUUAAGCACCGUAGGAUGUUUUCCACUCAGGCCGUAGAAUAGCACAGUGUAGCUGCUGCUGUUGCCGUUUUUCCCUCCCUGUUACCGGCUCCGGCGCUGGAGAAGGGAAUGUCUCAGGAAGGCAGAGUGCUCCAAACCCUGGAGGGGAGUCGAUUCUGAUUGACAGCGGAGGUCCGUCCUCUAGGGAAUGUGAACCAUGCAGGUGGAUGCGGUUCUUGUGCUUCUCUGUGUUUGGCUCGCCGGUGCAGCUGGGAAGAUGGUCCAGUCGAGAGGUCACAAGCUGGAAACCUACAAACAAAGCAGGUCACGAAGAGACACCAGAAUGGAUGGGGGUGGAGGCCACAAAUCUGGGAGCCCCAUUUUCAAGCGAAGUCCAGACAUGACAAAGUCCCCAAUGACAAAAUCUGAGCAGCUCCUGAGAAUAGACGACCAUGAUUUCACCAUGAGACCAGCUUUUGGAGGUCCUCCAAUUCCUGUUGGAGUUGAUGUUCAGGUUGAAAGCCUGGACACCAUCUCCGAGGUGGAUAUGGACUUCACCAUGACACUGUACCUGCGUCACUACUGGAAGGACGAACGGCUGUCGUUUCCAAGCACCAACAACCAGAGCAUGACCUUCGACAGCCGCUUGGUGAAGAAAAUCUGGGUUCCUGACAUGUUCUUUGUCCACUCUAAACGCUCUUUCAUCCACGACACCACCACGGACAACGUCAUGCUGAGGGUUUAUCCUGACGGCAAUGUGCUCUACAGUCUCAGAGUCACAGUCACUGCCAUGUGCAAUAUGGAUCUCAGCCGAUUCCCUUUGGACACCCAAACCUGCUCACUGGAAAUUGAAAGCUAUGCGUACACAGAUGACGAUCUGAUGCUGUACUGGAAGAAAGGCAACGAAUCCCUCAACACAGAUGACAGAAUAUCUCUGUCCCAGUUCCUCAUCCAGAAAUUUCACACCACCACCAAGCUGGCUUUCUAUAGCAGCACAGGCUGGUACAAUCGCUUGUACAUCCACUUCACCCUGCGGCGCCACAUCUUCUUCUUCCUGCUGCAGACUUACUUCCCUGCCACUCUGAUGGUCAUGCUGUCCUGGGUGUCCUUCUGGAUCGACCGCAGGGCCGUCCCCGCCAGGGUUCCACUUGGCAUCACCACAGUGCUGACCAUGUCCACCAUCAUCACUGGGGUCAACGCCUCCAUGCCGCGGGUCUCCUACAUUAAGGCAGUGGACAUUUACCUCUGGGUCAGUUUUGUCUUUGUCUUCCUGUCGGUGAUAGAGUACGCAGCGGUUAACUACCUCUCCACCGUGCAGGAGAGGAAAGAGAGGAAGCUGAGGGAGAGACUGCCGUGUACUUGUGGCAUUGGAAACCCAGACGAGAUGAUGAUCGACCCCCAGAUCACUGGCUACGGGUCCAUGGAUGUGAACACCACAGGGAAUUAUGGGAUGCCAGAAAACGGCGGCCGCCAGGACCGAAUUUUGGCACAGGUGGCACUGAAUGACCCGCAAAUCACAGGCCAGGUGAAGCCAUCCAGAGGCUACGUGAACAUCUGGAUAGACACCCACGCCAUAGACAAGUACUCGAGGGUUGUCUUUCCUGGAGCGUACAUCCUCUUUAACAUCAUCUACUGGUCCAUCUACUCGUAACCUGGGUUGCAGGAAACGCUGUAAGAGCCGUCCAGGAUGGGAUGGCAAACGCUCGGCUCAUUUGUGCAAGAACUGGAAAGAUGACUUUGCAUUCGAUGCAACUUUUCGGACAGAGAAACUGCUCAUUAGAUGCAUGGGGACCAUAGAUGGGUGACCAUUGCCUUCAUGACCCAGCCACUUAAAACUGAUGAGUUUCAAUAUGAGCUACUGACAAGCAGGAUGGUCAUUGUCACUGUUUUUGUCGCACUUUGAAAUCAGUGUGGUUUCAUGUUGUAUCUUUAACGUCAUAUCUCUGCACACAGAGAUGCUCAAACAUGAACUUGUGCAACUCUGCAGUUUGACUCAUUUUUAAUGCAGUGACUCCAGCCACAUUUACAAAGCUGAAAAUGUGAACUAGAAAAACAGGUUCGCACUGCCAGCGUGUGGACAGAUCCUACUGCUCUGCAUAAGAACGAAACCUAGUAAACAAUCACAAAGUAGAAAUCUUAGAAAUAUAUAUAUAUAUAUAUAUAUAUAUAUAUGGCUACAUCCAACAGCUAGUUAGCUUAGCUUACAGAUGGAAAAAAAUAAACAGCCAGAAUUUUUGGUUUUGUCCAGAUUAAAAGUUCACAUACCAGCACCCCUGUUGUUCACUAAUUAUUUAAUCUUUUGAUUUAAUCCAUACAAAAACUAGUAUAAAAGGCUUGUUAAGUGCUCGAUGAUGUAACUCCUGGGAUCAGUAACUUCAUGAGCUUAAGAAUUGGAAAUGUUUCUUUAAAGAUGUUAAUUUGGCUUCUUUAGUUCCUGAAGUUGCACUUUUCUUUGCAGCAUGUCAGUAUGAUUCAGUUUAUGUUACAUAUUCUUGUGAACUUUGUAUUAAUGCAGUUGUUUUGCUGUCAAGCUACUGCGUUGCAUUUGUGUGAGUCGACAAAGUUUAGUAACAACGCAAAAUAAUGCAGUAUAUUAAAGUGACAAAUGUAAAAAGUAUAGGUUUAGUAAGUCUCAAACACAGAUUAUGGUAUUGACUUUUUUAAUGUCCUUAUUUCUUCUUUUUUAUAUACAACUGAAGCUCAUCUCCUCUGUUUGGUGUUGUGGGGCUUUGAGGUUCACCGUGACCUGUUAGUUGCUAGUUUUUUUUUUGUUUUUUGUUUUUUUUUUUUGUCUUUUUCAGCUUCAAACAACUUUAUACUUUGUUAGGCAAAAGAUUGAAAAAUAUGUCAGUGGUUUAUGACAAUUUGAUCAUCGGACAUGCAGAUAUUAAAUUAAACUAAACAUGAUA